AUGAUGACGAACAUGUGAUGCUUGAGCAAUGUCCAAUCCAAAUUUUAUAACGCCAGGGAGUGUUAGGGCCAUCGCGCUGAGCGUGGAUGUGACCUAUCUCACCGAGGAGGCCGCAAAGGCGCUGGCGCCGGAUGUGGAGUAUCGCUUGCGGGAAGUAAUCCAGGACGCGCUCAAGUUCGCUCGGCAUAGCAAGCGGACGAAACUUACAACCCAAGACAUCAAUGAUGCCUUGCGAUUACGAAACAUCGAGCCGCUGUAUGGCUUCCUGAACAACAGCGACCCCGCCAAGUUCGUACGCGCCACCGGCGCACCGGACCUGUACUUCGUGCGGGAUGACACCGUGCCGCUGGAGCAGAUCACGUGUGCGCCGCUGCCCAAGGCGCCCAACGCCACCACCGUGAUGCCGCACUGGCUCUUCAUCAACGGCGUGCAGCCGCAGACGGAGGAGAACGCGGCGGUGGACCCGCGGCCGGCGCCCAAGCGGCAGCGACUGGCGGCGGGGGCGGCGGCGGCGGCGGCUGCCGCAGCGGGGGCGGGAGCGGCGGCGGGGCAGGCGGACGCGGCGGCGGGUCAGAAGCGGAAAGCGGGACAGGACGGGGCGGCGGCGGCGGGCGCGGCGGGCGGCGGUGCGGGUGCGGCUGUAGGGCAGCCGGGCGAGCGUGUGGCCAUGCCCGUGCAGCACAUCCUGUCGGACGAGGUGCAGCGCCUGCUGCAGCAGAUCAAGGCCACGCUGAGCAACCCCUCGCCCGCCACACUGGACGUGGGCCCGGGCGCCGAGCGCGGCGACAAGGCGCUGUGGGGCGGGGUGGUGGAGGUGGACGCGGCGGAGCGGGGUGCGGGCGCCGCCGGCUCGGGACUGCUGCUCACGCCCAUGCAGCGCGCGGUGCUGACCACCGUGCAGCGGGACCCGGGCAUGCAGCAGCUGCUGCCCUACCUGACCAAGCACGUGGGCGAUGAGGUGGCAGGCGGGCUGAGACAGCUGCCGCGGCUGCACAUGGCGCUGAGGCUGGUGCAGGCGCUGCUCCUGAACCCCGCGGUGAGCCUGGAGCCCUACCUGCACUCCCUCAUGCCGCCACUGCUCACGUGCCUCAUGGCCAAGUCACUGGGCGACGGCCCCACGUGCGACCACUGGGCUCUGCGCGACGCGGCGGCGGCUGUGGUGGCGCGCAUCUGCAGCCGCUUCGGGGAGCCCUACUACAGCCUGCAGGUCAAGGUGUCCAAGCAGCUGCUGCGGGCGCUGCUGGAUGGAUCCAAGCCCCUGCCCACACACUACGGGGCUGUAGCAGGGCUGGCGGCGCUAGGGCCCGCAACCGUGCGACUGCUGCUACUGCCGCAGCUGGAGCCCUAUUUGAACAAGCUACAGCCAAGCCUGCCCGGCGGAGGCCUGGCGGGCGCGGCGGCGGCGGCGGGCGGCAGUGUGGGCGCGGCCGCGCCUAGCAGUGGGAAGGAGGGCGUGCGGCAGUUUGAGGCGACACGUGUGUAUGGGGCGCUGCUGCAGGCCGCCGGCGGCGCCAUGUACGACAAGCUGAUGUGUGUGGCGGCGGACUCCUUGCCGCAACACCUGUUCAGGACAGCCGGAAGGGUGCGGCGCAGUCUGGAGGUGAAGGGGGAGGGCGAGGCCGCGGGCAGCGGCACCACACCCGCCACCUCCCCAGGCAUCAAGCAGGAGCCGCACGCAGACGGCGCCGCCUCCCCGCCCGGCGCCCGUGCGGCCGCCGCGGCGCCGCCGCCGGUGGCGAACCCCGCCAUUUCGGAGCAGGUGGCGGUGCCGGCGCCGCCCCAUGACCCGAGCUUGGAGACCACGUGGCAGAGGCUGCAGCAGGACCCCAAGGCAACACAGGUGUACCGCAUGAUUGUGGCCGACCCCGUGUCAGACAAGUCAAGGAGCAUGUUGGAGAGCCUGCUUCAGCUGACACAGAAUACAGACGGGCGAUCAGCCACUGGACUGGCGCUGCUGUACCAGCUCGGUAAGAUGGGCAUUGGGCCGCCCUCGGUAGUAAAGGCGAAUAAAGCGGCAGCGGCGGCGGCAGCAGCGGCGACUGCGGCGGCGGCCGCCGCCAACGGGAAGGCCAGCUCAAAUGGCGGCGCGCAGUCGCCGCCAACAGGAUCAGGAAUGGCGGCGGCGUCAUUGUCGUCUCCCCCUGGCAGUGGCGCGAAGACGCCGGCGGCUAGCAACGGAGCCGUGCCGGGCCCCGUGCAGGCGCAAGUGGGGAAAGGGCGAGCCUCCUCGGCAGCAGGAGCAGCAGGGGCAGCAGGAGCCGCCGCCCCUGCGCCGCGCUCUGUGCGGGCGGUCCUGGCUGAGAGCUGGCGUGAGGACGCGGACAUUGGGGAGGUGGUGGGGGCGCUCACGACCCUGUUUGGGCCGGCCUUCCUCAGCCGCCUGCCGCAGCCGCCGCAGCUGCCCGUGAUGACCUUGUAGGCGUUUGGGUGUUGCAUGUCCAUUGCAUGUCCGUUGCAAGUGACGUGUUGCAUGGCCGUCGGAAGACGUCGCAGUGCCGUGCAACGCGGAGUCGCCGGGCAUAGCAGGGAUGACCUUGCAGCUGCUGGUGGUGGUGGCGGUAGUGGCGGUGGUGGUGGCGGUGGCGGUGUGGUGGUGGCGGUGGCAGGUGGCCGCAAGUUAGGCUGAACUUCAAUUGGUCCAGACGAGCAGAUAUUACAUGUGACCUUUCCAGUGCGUGUGCUGCACUCGGCACUGCCCUACGUUGGCAGAAUGGCUACACAUGCUGAGCUGCCCACCCUGCAACGGUGCAACUUGCAAGUCUCGCAACGCAAGCUGACAGCUGCGCUAAGGCUGUCGCCAGCGGGAGCUGCAGAGAUGCUGUGACCGGGUUUACAGGGUCGCAUUAUCGGUUCCGUUUCACCUUGUAAUCACCAAGAUCG